AAGGGGCAGACUUUUCCACUGCCCCUACUAGGGACCAUUUUUUGAUCAUUUUUUCUGACAGUGUAGCAUGCCACUAGGAAUUUUUACAUUUGUUGUUGGUGACGUACAUUAACCCUACUGUAAACCUUAUUUUUAUGUCUCUUACGUCACCUUGCAUCACUUACCGUGUAAGAUGGGAGAUAUCACUCUGAUGAUAAUGCUAAAAAUGUCACAGUGUGAACAACAGUUAAAGUAUAUCAGCGUGGGCACACUUGUUCUUUCCUGUGCGCAUCUUUUCAGAUUGUUCAUUUGGUGUAGCUAUCAGAGCUGAGAAGAUAUGUGUACAAAGGAUGGAGAUAGGAGGAUCGUGCAAAACACAGAAAUGCGAAAUGUUAAGGCACGCUGACCCUGUAGAGUGAACUCUGUUUAUGUUAAAUGAAGGACACUUUGUUCAGCUGAGUUUAUAUGUAGAAGAGACUCUAAAGCUUAUAUUAGGCACAACACUGGUGGUUUCGGGAAUGAAACGGGGAUAAGGGCCUCAGUACUACAGGUGCCAUUGCGGUCACAAGUUGACAGCAUGUCCAUGUGGUUCACAUGGAGACACUGUUUGCAUUUGCGGACUUAAUGACAUGGAUUUCCACUGGAUGGUUUUAUGCUCAUCAGUUAUAUUGUCAUUGUGUAUGAUGUGUGACUGCACAGAUAUAGAUACUGAAUUUUCAGGUGAUGAAGCAGAACGACUUAGACGAAUGUGGCUGCUCUCAAUGAGUGGAACGAAAGUGAAAGAGAAAGUAAAUCCAGCUGGAGGGCCUAACACACAUCAGCUUCUCUAUUGUCGUAUUGGGAUUGGUUUCCGCCUUCUGAGGAAUGGAAGUGUGUGCGGUGUACAUGAGCCAUCUGAAUACAGCUUGUUAAGAGUGUUUGCCACGAGUCCUGGUGUUGUGGGUAUUUAUGGUGUGAGGAGUGAGCUGUAUUUGUGCAUGAAUGAAAAAGGAAUUGCCCUUGGAAUGAAACAGUUUUCAAACAAGUGUCUUUUUAAAGAGCACAUGGAGGAAAACCACCACAACACCUAUUCCUCUCUGUCUCAUCCACGGCUAUACCUGGCACUGUCACAGCAAGGGCGGUUGAGAAGAGGAAAGAGGGUGGGUCCCCAGCAGGCCUGCACACACUUCCUGCCUCGCAAAUCACCCUAAAACCUACAUACAGUAACAUACUAAUGUCAAAGUUUUUAACACUGAAUUUUUAUUGAUUUUAAACUGUCGAAAAAAUUAUAAAAAUGGUCCCAAGCUGUCACUGGGGCAGUACCCCUAAAAACAUCCAAAUAUGUACCAUUAAAGGGGACAUAUCAUUAAAAUCUGACUUUUUUCAUGUCCCCAGUGCUUCAAUCAAUCUAGAAAAUGUGACAAAGAACAACCCAGUUACUAUUCUCUGCAAGCAUGUAAAAAAUAGGCCAUUUAAAUUUUGCUCCCUUGUGAUGUCAGAAGGGGAUAACACCCCCCCCCCCCCCAAUCUGCACUAUCCAACCACGGCA